AUGCGUUUGUUUUGCGCCUGCAUCCUGUCCUGCUCAGUGUUGAUGGUGAGCGCCGCCGUGUCCAACAGCUUCAGAGACUGCAGACAUUUUUUCUACAUGCAAACGCCUCCAGCAGGGAUCCGAGAGACGAGCCUGAGGAAGAUCUGUCAGAAGUAUGCCGACAAACUGCGCUACGCCACCUUGUACGACAGCAGUCGGCGUCUCCCGCUGUAUUCAGCUUACAUUUUUAAGAAGUCUGAUGGGAAGAGGAGGGCAGACACACCGUGGAUGUACGAGCCUCAGCUGGUGUCUGAAUCGGAGAGCAGCAACAUGAAGGUGCUUCCUCUGACCAAAGACAUUUCUCCUCUUGUCGAGGAGAGCCAGACAGUUUUGGAGGACUACAUAGAUGCUGUAGAAUACAGACGAGGCUCACUGAACCCUGACCAGCACCAAGCAGACCCAGAUGACAAAUCCUCUACCUACACCCUCACCAACGUCGUUCCUCUGAUCGCUGAUUUCCUGGAAACCUCCUGGAGUUCGUACUUGGAUACUGUCCGCCGACGCCUCAACAACUUCUGCCACGGUAAAUCUUACAUCGUGACUGGAGUCACUUUUUCAGGGGCCACCGUCAAGCGCGACAACAGGGACCGUCUUUCAAUACCAAAACACGUAUGGAUGGGAUACUGCUGCCCCAAGUUUGACCGUAACUCACCCUAUGAGGUGAGGUUCAUGUUCCCUAGUUAUGGCGGCUACGCCCUGAAUGAACAGACAGGCAACAAUGUGGUGGAAGUGCCAUUAAAGAAACUGGAGACUUUCCUCAAGAGCCAAACAGAUGUUGAAAAAGACAUGACUAUUUUCUACAAGGGCUGUGUGUCAGAAAACACCAUCGAAAAGAAGCGAAGAGAGGCUGGACCCUGA